AUGAACACCAGCCUCGAUUCAUUCUCCGCCGCCGCAUCGAGCAUGGAAGACACCUCUAAUCCCACAAUUACCACCAACAAAAACCGCAACAAAGAAGAUGAAGUUGAUGCAGAGGUUUGGGCAACAUUCAACAAUAGUUUUCGACAAGUUCAGUCCGUUUUGGACAGAAACAGAGUUUUGAUUCAACAAGUGAAUGACAAUCACCAGUCUAGGAUUCCUGACAACAUGGUAAAAAACGUUGCUCUGAUUCAAGAACUUAAUGGCAAUAUCUCCAAGGUUGUUGGGCUUUACUCUGAUUUGAAUUCCAAUUUCUCGUUUGCUUAUCAACAGCGAAACCACAACGGUAACGAAACAAACGGGGUCAGUGUUUCUGUUGAGGGUAGAAUUUAUGCUGUGUCUGUUGUGGUUUAUGUUUUGCAAGCUGUUGGGUCAUUGCUACUGAACUUCCGUGUUACAGUUAUUGCUAGGAGAGUGAUAUUACAGCUUGUAGUUUGCUUCUGUGUUUUCAUGAUUGGAUUACAGGAUAAAGUUCUUCUCCCUGCCAUUCUAAAGCAAAAUCAAGUUCUAUUGGGCGGGAAGGAAAAAUCUGUUGAUACUAAAGCUGCUAGCUGUGCAGUAUUUGAACAUCCAGCUGCUGCUUACUGA